AUGAGUGCGAUCCUGACCUCGCGGCAAGCCGAAGAACUCCACAAGUCCUUGAUCGCCUAUCUAUUAUCAACAGGGCACACGGCCAGUGCUCAAGCGUUACGAGAUGACCUCAACCUACCGGAGAGCAAUUUCGACGCGGCCACGGCGAAGAAGUAUGAAGGAUUGAUCGAAAAGAAAUGGACGUCGGUGGUGCGGUUACAAAAGAAGAUUAUGGACCUUGAGGUGCGCGCGACGCAGCUGCAGCACGAAUUAGAUCAUGCUACACCGAGCUCCCUCGCAGCGAGGAAGACACACGACCCGGCGACAUGGCUACCGCGCGCGCCUCCACGGCACACACUGCAGAGCCACCGUCUACCGAUCACAUGUUUGGCCUUUCAUCCACUGUUCUCAAGCUUGGCAUCGGGUAGUGAGGACUGCACAAUCAAGAUAUGGGAUUACGAAUUAGGAGAGCUAGAGCGGACGCUCAAAUCACACACAAAAGCUGUCCUCGACGUAGAUUUCGGCGGUCCGCGCGGCAACACUUUGCUCGCAUCGUGCAGCUCGGAUUUGACUAUAAAGCUUUGGGAUCCAGCCGAGGAAUACAAGAAUAUUCGCACACUACCUGGACACGAUCACAGUGUGAGCAGCAUCCGCUUCAUUCCUUCGGGCGCAGCCGGCGCACCGCUCUCCGGGAAUCUUCUUGCCUCUGCGAGCCGAGACAAAUCUAUUCGUAUCUGGGACGUCACAACAGGCUAUUGCCUGCGCACACUACGCGGUCACGCUGAUUGGGUCCGUUCAAUAUCUCCGAGUGUGGACGGCAGACUCCUCCUUAGCACAUCCUCUGACCAGACCGCUCGGAUAUGGGACUUGUCAUUACCAGACUCGGCGGCAGCACGAUCGACCCUUGCGGCGCAUGAGCAUGUCGUAGAAUGUUCUGCGUUCGCCCCGCCUGCGACGUAUGUCCAUCUCGCGGCACUGGCCGGUCUGAAGAAACCUCCUCCGGUCACGAGUACUGCCGAAUUUGUCGCCACGGGAUCUCGAGAUAAGCUCGUCAAGCUACACACCGCAGCGGGGAUCACGUUCAAAACGCUGACGGGACAUGACAAUUGGGUUCGAGCCUUGAUCUUCCACCCGGGAGGGAAAUACCUGCUGUCGGCCAGCGAUGACAAAACAAUUCGAUGCUGGGAUCUCAGCCAAGAAGGCAAAUGUGUGCGCGUGGUUGAGGCUGCGUCACACUUCGUGAGCUGUCUUCGGUGGGCACCCAGUGUAUAUAAGGACGAUGCUGCAGCGAACGGGACCAACGGAGUGGAAGAGGGUGGUGGGAAGAAGGAGGAGCAGAUAAGGUGUUUACUUGCUUGUGGCAGUGUAGAUCUGGGGGUCAGGGUGUUCAGUGCAUGA